GAGAAGAUUUUGAGAUUACAAUUAGCAAUGGAGAAAACGUCUCUCAAACUUGUCUUCCUGUUCUCCCUCACAAUCAUAGUCUUUUGUUCGUCUUUAAGUGAUGCAAGAGAGAUGGCGAAGGAAGAAGUGAAUUGCAUCGAUGGUAAAUGUCCUGAUGGAAAGAAGAACUGUAACUGCUUGCCGGUAGCACCUGUAAUGAACUCUUACAAGAUUAAUGCGACUUGCCAUAGAGAUAUUGAAUGCAUCAAGUUCUGUCCUAAAGGCUGCAAGAUUGUUAACUGUAAAUUUGGUAACUGUUUCUGUGAAUGUUAAGAGAUAGAAAACCACAUUAUUUUCUGCUUUUGAGAUAGAGAGGAACAGGAGAUAUAUGCAAGUACACAUGUAAUAAUGUCUUGAAGUCAAUUUAUGAUUCUUCUUGAAAACAAUUUUCUACCGCUAGUACUAAAUACAACUUGGAUUUGAAAUAGUUGAGUACUGAAGGCCUGAAAUAAGUUUCAAAUAUGGCCCCAUGUUCCAAAUAUUUUUUUCCAUGCGAAAACAAUUUUUCUCUUUUUAUUUUGGUUUUCUUCAUAAAUUGGUUGAAAUUUUGGAAAAGUAGUAUGAAAUCCAUUUAGUUACGCCAUCAAGUAUGGAGCUCGAAGUCGUAUAGAAUGGAUCCAUUUGCAUACCUUCGAACUUUGGAUCAGAUUCUUAGCAAGAAUGCGUUUUGUAAAUGUGGAUCCUAAAACUACACUAAAUAUACGAGGGUGUUUGUAUGUUAAAAAUUAAGGAAGAAAGAUUUUAUGACACAAUUUUCUUAGAACAACAAUGCUGUAAUCAUGUUUAAAAGCAAAGAACUAAGAGAGAUAUCAAUGUGAAAGACAGCUCGAUAUCAAGUCGAUGUAUGUGCGUAUGAAUGUUCAUCUUCCUCCUCCCGAUCCUCCUUAUUUCUGUUGCAUGCUGUUUCUGAUAUCUCGUCCUCCACUUACUCGCUUGAUUUCUCAUAAUCUCAUUUCUUCGAGACCGACUCAGUCAACUAUCAAACUUGAAUUCUAACUCUCGUACUCGGCCCAUCUGCGUGUUCCCAGGCCCAGAUGUAUAAGCCACGACUUCUACAUGAGGAAGAUGAAGUGAUAUGGAAAAACUUUGAGAAGAAAGUUCUAAUUUCUAAAUGAUGUAGAAAAGGAUUGAAAGAUGAGAAGAUGUGACCUGGAAGGCUAGAACUAUGGCAGGAGAAGAAAAAUAAAAAAAACAAUUGAGGUAAUUUAGAAACAUGAAAGAAGAUCAUUUAAUGAUAGAUAAAAGACCAGUUGAACCCAAUCAGUUUCUUCUCUGCGUUAUUAACCCCAACUUGCACCACGAUGCACGUCUUUUCCACAGUUUCGACGAAACGGUGAACUAUUCUUCCCCGCGUUAUUGUCCCCAACUCCCAGCACGAUCCACCUCUUUUUCACAGUUUCAAGCGUAGCUGCCUAUUGAUUAUAUAUAUAUAUAGUGUGUGUGUUUUGCUAAGUUUAUAACUGCAACAAUCCAGUGUCUUGAGCAAGAUUCUCUUAUCCAAGUUCAGAUAAUUUUUUUUUUCAAACCUAUCUCAUUUUGGUAUGCGUAAUCUCUUUUUUUUUUUUAUCAACAUGCGUAAUCUCUUUGAAGUAUUACGAUUAGUAGAUUAUAAAUGUGCCCCGCGCGGGAUUUUUUUUUUUUUAAUUUUAUAAAAAGUUUGAAUUGGAAAACAUAUAAUUCGAAAAAAAUAAUUUGUUUUUCAUAAUUUUUAUUUAUUUAACCAUUAUUUAUAUUUAUGUUUCUAUAAAACAAGAGUAUAAAAGUAUUUUAUCUCUUUAAUGAAUAAAAAAAUUUGUGAAAUGUCUUUUUAAUAAAAGUAAACAUGAAUAAUUAUACAAAAAAAAAGGUAGAAGUGAAAUUUUCCCUUUAAACAUUCGCAUAGGCCAUAAUUUUGUAACUAAAUUAAUUUAGAUCUGUUUCAGAAAUGAUACUAGACGUGAUGUUUGGAACUUUUAGUUAGAUAAUGCACUAGUGGUGAACAAUUUAUAACUGAUUUGAAUCCAAGUUUAACACUUUUAAAUAUAUAUAAAUAAUGUAUAUAUAGCUUUUAUUUGCACUAACUGAAGAAAAAUUCUUUCAUUUCUUUAUUUAUUUUAAAAAACUUAAACGAGUUCAAUAUUUUUCAUAUUAAUAGUUUUCAACAAAAAGACUUAUUGAUUGGAGAUAUUAUACGGAAAAUGAUUUAUAGCUAUACGAACAAUAUGCCACUACAUGACCAAAAAUCAUUUAGUAAAAUCUAUAUGAACUAUAUGAAUCACAUGAUAAUAUUUUAAAUUAUGAUGUGUUAUGUUGCUAACGCAAUUAACAUAAUUUGACAGGCAUUAAAGAGUAUUAGAUUUGUAACCCGGUAAUUCAUGAUGAUGAUGCUUAAUAUAUUUUAAAAUAUUAUCUGAUAUUCGUUAAUAUAUAACAUUGCAUUUUGAAAUUUUGAUAUAUGUGUGUUCAUUUUGUUUUUGAUCAUUUAAAUAUGUGUUAUGAUCUGCUUUUCAAAGAAAAAUUUAUUUGGUGAUGCCAAAUUCUAAAACCAACACAUUUUUUCGCUAUCAAAAUUAUAUUGAUUGUGUUAGCAACAUAACACAUAUAUUAGUCCAGAGAUGUUGUCAUGUGAUCUAUAUAGUUAGUGUAGUUUUCUAUAUAUGAUGUUUGUCUAGAUGUUUCGUGUAAUUCACAAUCAUUUUUUUUCAUAUUAUACCUAUUGUUUUUUAUGUUUACAACAAAAGAAUCAGUAGUAAUUAACUUAUUUGUUCUUUAUAAUAUGUUUAUAACAGUGAGCAAAAAUAAACUAGUUCUAUAAAAACAGUGAACAAAAAUAAAUAAUUUUGUAUUUGCUUAGGAAAUCUAAGAAUGAUAAUAACAGUUUUGUGAAUACAUUGCCUUAAUUUUCUUGAUUUUUGUUUUUUGUUUUGUUUCUAGAUUAGCUUCAGUAUCAAGUCAAUGGGGGCUGUUGGAUUAGUCUCUCAACUACUGCUGAAAUAUUCAAGCUCCGAUAAGGAUGAAACCAACGAACAAAGCAUGUGUUUGUACACAUCCGCUUGUGAAGAAAUCCAGAGCUCAAAUCAUUUGGUUCUUCGCUUGACCGAAAGUUUAGCGAAUUGAAGACCUCGCUCGCUCUUACAGGAGGCAAGACUGAAAACUAUCCCAUAAAGGCAGUCAAAUCGGUGUGCGGGUUUCUAGUUGAAAUGAACCAAAAGAUGGGCGAGAGCAUUAUCGCCAGCGAAGAUGCAUUUAAGAACGAAGAGCUAAGGUCUUUGGUUGAUCUCUAUUAUGAGAGUUCCACGAAGACUUUAGAUCUAUUUAAUACAGUGGGGAACUCCGCCAAUAAAGCAAAGUUAAGCAUUGUGAUCCUCCGAACGGCGAUCCAACAGUUUGAAAAGGAGUCGAAGGACACAGAUCUUGGAGGAAACAAGAAGAAGUACGAGGGUACGUUGGAGGAGCUGAACAAGGUUAAAGCUAUGGGAGAUCCUUUUGGUGACGAGUAUAAGAAUCAGAUGAAGUCUGUACGCGAGGAGCAGCUUAUUCUUUUAGAGAAGUUCCAUGAGCUGGCGGUGAAGCUUGAUAGUAAAAAGAAGAUAUUAAAGAGAAAGAGGAGAUGGGUAACUAUUGUUUACGCUACUGCGGCUAUGUCUUUUUUGGCCGUAGAGAUUUGUCUAUUCAUAGUCAUACCUCCGUUGGGGUUGUAUACUGCGUUUGGGGUUGCGACUGGGUUGAACUACGUGAUUGGAACUGUAGGAGUAUUGGUCCAUAAGGUGUUGAAGAACCGUGAGAAGGAUUUGGAUAGACAGAAAGAGGUGGUCAAUAAAAUGAAGGACAACACGAAUGUCAACAUCCAAGCGACAAAUACGAUACAUAGCCUAGUCGAGAAGCUUAUUAUAAGUCUCUCAUUGAUUUUGGGGUCAGUGGAGCGUGCUGUGGUGAAAAAAGAAGAGGAGGCCGUCAAACCUGUGAUGGACCUAAUUCGUGACGAAGUGGAUACGUUUGCUACGGCAAUCAAGGAAGUUGGUGAAGCUGUGGCUACGUGUAGCACAUGUGUGGCUUCGGGGAAACUGCAAGUUCUGGAACACAUAACCAAUUCAAUGUCAUCGAAAGGGAAGAAACUACACGUUUUGGAACGCAUAACCAAUAAAAUGUCAUCCAAAGGGAAGAAGAAGUAAACUAUCACAUGCCUAUAAAGCCUUUGGAACCCCACGGUUAUAAAAAAAAAAAAAAAAAAAACUAUCCAAUGUAUUUAUACUUUUAUAUUAAUGUUUGAAGUGCGCUAAACUCUUGUUUUAUGUGUGAAUCUUGGGCUUUACGUCUUAUUGUCCUUUCAGUUUGUCAUGUCGGCCAUAUCCAUCAUAUACGAUAGGAUCGGUUUAUGUACGUU